UCUCUAAGCUCACUCACUCCACACACUCAAAAGUUCAAAAUUCACACAAACUUUUAACACCAUGGAACUCAAUCACCACCACCACACAUUCCCAUGGCCACCACCUCCACCACCUCCCUUUUCCUUCACACCCCAUUCAACCCUCAAAACUCCAACAAAACAUUCCCCAAACACCGCUACUCUCACCCAAACUCCAACUCCUCCUCCGUCACAGCCCAAUCAAAACCCGCCAAAGAACACCUCCUCUCCCUCAUCUCCGACCAGGACCGCGGCCUCAAGACCCAAAACAACCCCACCAAACGAGCCUCCAUAAUCACCGCAAUCGACGAAUUGGCCGCCCUCGGCGCCGGCUCUGUAACCACCGGCGACUCCCUCUCUAGCACGUGGCGGUUACUCUGGACGACGGAGAAGGAGCAGCUCUUCAUCAUUGAGAAGGCUUACUUGUUCGGAACCAAAACUGGCGAUGUGUUGCAAGUCAUAGAUGUUGAGAAAUUGACUCUCAAUAAUGUAAUAACGUUUCCUCCUGAUGGAGUUUUCUUUGUAAGAUCAAAUAUUGAAGUUGCUUCGUCACAAAGAGUGAACUUCAGAUUUACUAGUGCAGUGUUGCGGGGGCAGAACUGGGAAAUACCUUUGCCACCAUUUGGACAGGGUUGGUUUGAUACUGUAUACCUCGACGAAGACCUUCGAGUUGUAAAGGAUAUCAGGGGAGACUAUUUAGUUGUUGACCGGGCUUCUUAUAGCUGGAAAGAAUGACUAGAAUCUUCACUGUCACUGUUUGUUCAUCUUCAUUAACGAAAGUUUCCCACUCAUCUGCCUGUAUGGUAUCAAUUCUGUCUUUGCAUUUAAUUAGUAUCUAGCUUUGUCUUUGUAUGUCUUUUGGCUGUGUGUACAAAUUCAUUAGUAUUAUGGUUGUUCAUUUAGAGAAUGCUACACUUAUUCAUUUAACAUCUGCAAAUAUAGAUUAAAUCUAUUCUGCUUCUUAUAUAGUUCCUGUUGUAUCUUGAACUCUUUGAACCAUCAGAAGGAAAGCUAUAAUCGAUGAAAUGUGAAAACUUGUUCGACA